CAGUGUGUCCUCUGUGGGUUUUCGAUUUUCGAUUUUCGGUUUUUGGUUUUUCGUUCUCGGUUACUAAUUCUGCACGGUCGUGAUUUCGCUGUUGUCGGGGGCAUUUUUCAACACGUGAAAAAUUUAGCCAUAAACGGUAUUUAAAAACUAUAUUGGUAAUAUUCAAACCAGGCAAGAACCUAAAUAGCUACAGUGGAAUAUAAAAUAUUCAACAGAAAAUUACUUUGCGAAAAUAAUUGUCACUAUAGAAAUCAUUAACUCAGCGACAAAUUUGUUAAAAGUUUAAACGAAAAUGCCUUCCGACGCUAAGAAACGCGAUGCGCAGCGCAAAAAGGACGCGCGUAACAAGAAAAUCCAACAAAUCUCAUCGUCCAAGAAGCCAACACAAAACGGCACCAAUGGCACGCCAGAACGCGAAAUGACCGAAGAGGAGAAGCUUUGUGCCAAGCUAGAAGAAGAAGCACGCAUCAGUGCAGAGGCACGCUCCUGUACCGGCUCGUUAGCAGUGCAUCCACGUUCUCGUGAUGUCAAAAUCGCCAACUUCUCCAUCACUUUCUUUGGCUCUGAGCUGUUGCAGGACACAAUGCUGGAAUUGAAUUGUGGACGUCGUUAUGGUGUCAUUGGCUUAAACGGUUGCGGUAAAUCUUCAUUACUGGCAGUUUUGGGUAACCGUGAGGUGCCUAUACCCGAUCACAUUGAUAUUUUCCACUUGACGCGCGAAAUUCCAGCGUCCACAAAAACUGCGCUUCAAUGCGUUAUGGAGGUGGAUGAGGAGCGUAUUAAAUUGGAAAAACUAGCCGAAGAACUCGCAAUGAGCGAAGAAGAUGACGCUCAGGAACAAUUGAUCGAUAUCUAUGAACGAUUGGACGAUAUGUCGGCGGACCAGGCUGAGGCGAAGGCGGCACGCAUCCUGCAUGGUCUUGGUUUUGACAAGGAUAUGCAACAGAAACAAGCCAAGGACUUCUCUGGUGGUUGGCGUAUGCGUAUCGCUCUUGCACGCGCACUUUUCGUCAAGCCACAUCUGUUGCUUUUGGAUGAACCGACUAAUCACUUGGAUUUGGAUGCCUGUGUGUGGCUCGAGGAGGAGUUGAAGGAGUAUAAGCGAAUUCUUGUGCUCAUUUCGCAUUCACAAGAUUUCCUUAACGGUGUUUGCACAAACAUCAUACACAUGACCAAGAAGCGUCUCAAAUACUACACUGGUAAUUAUGAGGCAUUCGUACGCACACGCAUGGAAUUGUUGGAGAAUCAGAUGAAACAAUACAAUUGGGAGCAGGAUCAAAUCUCGCACAUGAAAAACUAUAUAGCACGAUUUGGCCACGGUUCGGCUAAGUUAGCACGACAGGCGCAGUCUAAGGAGAAGACGCUUGCUAAGAUGGUAGCACAAGGCUUAACCGAAAAAGUGACCGAUGAUAAGGUGUUGAAUUUCUAUUUCCCCUCUUGCGGCACUGUGCCGCCACCGGUGAUUAUGGUGCAGAAUGUCAGUUUCCGCUACAACGAAAACACGCCAUGGAUCUAUAAAAAUUUGGAAUUCGGCAUUGAUUUGGACACGCGAUUGGCUUUGGUCGGACCCAAUGGCGCGGGCAAAUCUACUCUGUUGAAGCUUUUGUACGGUGAUUUGGUGCCCACUUCUGGAAUGAUUCGUAAAAAUUCGCAUUUGCGUAUUGCCCGCUAUCAUCAGCAUUUGCACGAAUUGCUUGAUUUAGAUGCCAGCCCGCUGGAGUAUAUGAUGCGUGAAUUUCCCGACGUAAAGGAGAAAGAGGAGAUGCGUAAGAUCAUUGGGCGAUAUGGUCUGACGGGUCGUCAGCAAGUAUGUCCGAUAAGACAAUUGUCGGAUGGUCAACGUUGUCGUGUUGUGUUUGCUUGGUUAGCCUGGCAAGUGCCUCAUCUUCUGUUACUUGAUGAACCUACAAAUCACUUGGAUAUGGAAACAAUCGAUGCGCUGGCCGAUGCCAUCAACGACUUUGAUGGAGGCAUGGUCUUGGUUAGUCACGAUUUCCGACUGAUUAAUCAGGUUGCCGAAGAAAUUUGGGUGUGCGAAAAUGAAACUGUCACGAAAUGGAAAGGCAACAUUUUGGACUACAAAGAUCAUUUGAAGAACAAAAUUAGCAAUGAAAACGAGCGAAAGAAAAAGUAAAUGAAGCAAGCACACACUACACACACAAAAGAAAAUACAUAUAAUCUUACAACAACAUUUUUAAGUGGCAGGCCAAGCUAAUUUCAGUUUAUUUAAACAUUAGAAAAACAACAUAAAUGGUUAAAUGAUGUAGGUGAAACGCAACAGAAAAACCUAAUAACAUCAAACAACUAAAACAUAAACAAAGGAAUUAAUGCGAUAUUGAAGUUCAGCAUUACAUGUAAUAAAAAAAAAUAAGGAUAGGGUAACUUGAAUAUUAGCAGAACUUAACAAAUUUCCGCGUAACAGAACGACAUUUGUGAUUGAUUGUUUAAGUAAUUUAUUAUUCACUUAAUAUCUACUCUAUAUGCUAUGCUACAAAUAAUAAAUAUUGUGAAUGUACUCUAAACCAUCCGGUCCAAAAGAUGGUAGUACCGAAGCUCCUCGGAAUACCUUUUAUUUCAAUUAGAAUACUGAGAAUUUCAAGGUGGAAGAAUAGAAAUUGUAUUUCUGGUGAAAUUAGUAAAGCGUUUACUUUUCAAACCCUAAUAAACCAUAUGUGUACGCAUAUUCAAA